AUGGAAAAAGUUGUUAUGGAUACUAGCUAUGUUGUCAAGUUUAUUUAUUCUGGUGAAGCAGCGACAGUUCCAUUGUUGCAUAAUUGGUCGUUUGUUGACCUAUGCAAAUCAAUACGCUCUCGUUUUCCGGAUUUGAUUCAAGGAAAUUUCAUGUUGAGUGAAAGCGUGGUGAGUAAUACAGUGUGUGAGGAUUCUAGUACCAUGCUUGAGGAGAAUGAUUAUUUGGGGUGUUAUAGGGCAGAGGCACCGAAGAGUUAUAUGACGAAAGGUUGGGAGAGUUAUAUUCAUUCUGAAGGCCAAAAGUUUGAGGGUGGGGUUGUUGAGUUUAGAGAUAAGCUGCGUAAGUAUGCCAUAGAAAUUGGUUUUUCAUAUGAGUUUGUUAGAAAUGACAAGGUUCGUGUUAUUGCUCAGUGUUCUAAGAAACAUUCUCAGGGCUGCAAUUGGCUUGUGAAGGCUUAUUUAUGCAGGGUUAAUGGUUUCUUUAUGAUUAAAAGGUUGGUUAAUGUUCACACUUGUCAUGGUGUGAUUCGUUUGCAGAAGAGUAAGAUGAUGGGAUCCAAGGUUGUCAAGUCUAUUGUGCUUGAUAAGAUUCGUGCGAAUCCAAACAAAAAGCCAAUUGAUAUAGCUGAUGAGAUCAAGAGUGAUUAUGGUUUGGAUGUUCCUUAUCGUACAGUUUGGUAUGGUACGGAGUUGGCAAAAACAGCCCUGCAUGGUGAUGAAGCUGAGUCUUAUGCUCAGCUACUUUGGUUCAGUUUCAGCGCAUGUUUGUGA